GUCACCAGCCCUCCACCCUCAGGGAGUCCUGACCAGGCUGGGGAGGGGACCGCCGUCAUGGGGGACCCCUUCAUCAGGCACAUCGUCCUCCUGGGCUUUGAGAAGCGUUUUUCUCCAAGUCAGCAUUACGUCUACAUGUUCUUGGUGAAAUGGCAGGACCUCUCAGAGAAGGUGAUCUACCGCCGGUUCACCGAGAUCUACGAGUUCCAUAAACUGCUAAAAGAAAUGUUCCCCAUUGAAUCUGGACAAAUCAGCUCGGAGAACAGAAUCAUCCCCCAUCUCCCAGCGCCUCGAUGGUUCGACGGGCAGCGGACCACAGAGAACCGCCAGGGCACGCUGACCGAAUACUGUAACACCCUGAUGAACCUGCCCACCAAGAUCUCCCGCUGCUCCCACGUCCUCGAGUUCUUCAAAGUAAGGCCCGAUGACCUGAAGCUUCCCUCGGAGAACCAGGCGAAGAAGCCGGAGACCUUCCUGAUGCCCAAAGAUCCCAGGAGCAACGCUUCCGACAUCACCGGCCCCAUCAUCUUGCAGACCUACAGGGCCAUUGCCGACUAUGAGAAGAACUCCAAUACGGAGAUGAUCCUGAAGUCGGGGGAGCUGGUGGAUGUGGUGGAGAAAGGGCAAAGUGGUUGGUGGUUUUGUCAAACCAAGGACAAACGUGGCUGGGUACCAGCUUCUUUCCUGGAGCCUAUAGACAGUCCAGAUGAGUCUGAAGAACAGGAACCCAAUUAUGAAGGAGAACCUUAUGUCACCAUCAAAGCUUAUACUGCAGUGGAGGAGGAUGAGAUGACACUGGAGGAAGGGGAAGCCAUUGAGGUUAUCCACAAACUUCUGGAUGGCUGGUGGGUCAUCAGGAAAGGGGACGUCACCGGCUACUACCCGUCCAUGUACCUGCAGAAGGCUGGGCAGGACAACACGCAAGCCAAGAACCUCAUCAAGAAGCGGGGAGCUCCGCCCCGCAGGUCCUCGAUCCGCAACGCUCAGAGCAUGCACAAGGUGUCCCGAAAGCGCAUCAGCCAAGACUCCUACCGGAGAAACAGCGUGAAAUUCAUUCAGCAGCGGAGAAAGAUGAGGCAGCUCAAUGCUCAGAAGGGGGAUGGCCAGCCCGUCCCGGAGGAGCCCCCGAAGUCGCCCAUGAAGCCGCAGCCCGCCGUGCCCCCGCGGCCCAGCCAGGACCUCAUCCUGAACCGCUGCAGUGAAAGCACCAAGAGGAAGCUCCUGACCUCGGCCUGAGCUCAGCGCCGGCGCGGGGGCGCGCCCGGGACCGGGAGGACUCUGCGCACCGAGCCCCGUUCUCCCCUCCCCCUGCCCCGGGCUGCCCCCCGGGACCUCAUGCCCUCCUCCGUCCUGGUCCCACUUGGGCUUCCUCCCCCUCCAGGAAGCCCUCCCGGACUCCGCGGGCCCGCAGCUCGCUGCCCCCACCGUCCCGUCUGCGCCGCUCCGCACAUGCGCGUGAGACCCCUGGGAAUUGCUCGGAGGCCGGCCGCGCCCCCCGCCUCUGGGCAGCCGGCCCUCCAUACAGCCAGGCUGGUAGGCCCUCGGGCCGCCCGCCACUCCCAGGGCCCCGCCUCUGCUGCCGGCCCAGGGGCACUUGCGCCCGGCCGUGGCCGGGCCUUGGCUUGCGGAAGGCCGGGCUGCGGAGGGGCACUUCCUCCUCGAGCUGCGCUAGCCAGAGAACGCCGGGGGCCUGGGCAGCCGCCCCUCCUUCGCUUCCCUGCCCCUCAGCUUCUGCAGCUCUUCAUCCUCCCUCCAAAGCCCCAGCAUGGAGGCAGAGAGGCUGGCCUCCAAGCGGCCUGGGACUCUGACCUCGAGAGCCUUCUCUGGCGUCUCCAGCCCCUACUGCCCCUGAUCCAUAAAGCCCGGGACCGGGCCAGGCGGCCCCGGGGUCCCUUCUGGCCCUGGACGCUCUCUGUCCAGCCCCGGCUCUCCCGGUGAUGCUCCCAGAGCACAUCCGGCUGCUCGUGUGAGACUUGCUGUGUGUGCAAAUGUUGAGUGUUUGACCGAUGGGCCGUUCACUGGGAGCACGGGAAGGGGGACGGACAUGUGCCCACUCGGAGAGCUGCGGACCUGAGUUCAAAUCCCGGCUCUGUUGCUCUCUCACUUGGGCCGGUCCCCUCAGCCUCCCAGAGACAGGGGGCCGGGAUGGUCUCCGAGGCCCUGGAGCCGACGGCAGUGGGAGGGGCGCGGGUCCCAACUGGUGUUGCCCAAAUCUGCUCAGCCUCCCCCUCCACAAGUCACUGAAGGCCCCUUUGGGGGCCCCAGUCCCUCAGCCCAGUUCCUUGCUCGCUCAGGGUAAGGGUGUGUCGGGGCACUCAGUGGGACUGGCUGAUCUGCUUCCAGGAAGGAAGCUGGCCUGAGUGAGCCCCACAAGGACCUGUCCUUCCUCCAAGAGGAGCCCACCCGCAGUUAGCUUCCUCCUCCACCCCCUGACACGAUUGCUGGGGGUUCCUCCCGGUGACUUUCCUGUCUCAUCUACAAACCGAGUAGCUUGUGCCCCCUGCCUCAGAGAUCUCUUCCAGUUCCCAAGGCCCUGUGACCGAACGGAUUUCUUCCUUUGCCAUAUUAUUACAUGGGGCAGCCGGGGGGUGCAGUAGUUAGAGCCCCCAUCUGGCAUCAGGAUGACCUGAACUCAGCCUCGCUGUGGACUCUGGAUAAAGCAUUUGACCUCUGUUUGCCUCAGUUUCCACAUCUGUCAGAUGGGAGUGAUAAUUAUAGCACCAAUGCUCCCAGGAUUGUAGCGAACAUCAAGUAAGAUAAUUAUAAAGCCCUUAGCACAGUAUCUUUCCAUUGUCUUUAUAAAUGUUUUUAUUAUAAUUAA